ACAAUGUAACUUCACUAGCAUCUGUCUGAUAGCGACGUGCUAACAUUCCUUUACUGCUGGCUGGAGCAACACGACCGUCGGGCAGCAAUAACGGUGAUAUUACAGGAGAGUGGCGGUGCCAAGGGUUUUGCGGCAGCAUCAUCAUCACCAUGGUUACUGGUUUGAUGUUGGCAGAUCAUCGGCAUCACCAUCAUCCCGCCAUGGGGAAAGUCCUGCGUCCGCCAUAGAGAAGCCAAAGAGACCUCAGAGACUGCUUGCAUCAUCAACACUUGAGGGCUACACUAGUGUCAUGGACCGCAAGAUUUCACGUCCGCCAUGUCGACCAGUGAAAGCGCUGAUCUGGACAGCGGGUCAGACGUCAGCCCCACAAACAUCACCUCUGUCGAGAAGGAUCCGUCGAUCACCACCUCUGUCAUCUCCAUGAGUUUUGGCAUCCUGUCCAACAGCCUGGCCCUCUACAUCCUGCUCAAAUCCUCCAAGCGUGUUCCUCUGAAGUCCAAGGCACCCUUCCUGGUGUUCGCCACCAGCCUGGUGGUCAUCGACCUGCUGGGCCACCUUGUCAACGGCUCCCUCGUGCUUUUCGUCUACAGCCGGCAGAAGAAUUGGGAGAAGUUUGACCCUCACGGCUACAUGUGCAACCUUUUUGGAGCCAGCAUGGUGUUCUUCGGCCUGACCCCACUGUUCCUGGGCUGCGCCAUGGCUAUAGAGCGCUGCAUGGGGGUCACCAGGCCCUUUUUCCAUUCCACAGGGCUGGUGUUCCGUCACAUGAGGAAGCUGCUGUCCGUCAUUUGGCUGCUCGCUGCCCUGGUGGCCCUGCUCCCCGUGCUGUUAUUGAAGUCCUACGGGGUUCAGAGAUCCAGGAGCUGGUGCUUCUUCCAUCUGGGGAAGCCCAAACACUGGCUGGAUGUGUUCCUGCCUCUGUUCUUCUCCCUGCUGGGCUUGCUGGCCUUGCUCUUCUCUAUCAUUUGCAAUACUGUGACCAGCUGCUCUCUGCUGCUGUCCACAAGGCACCGCAGGCAUCACAGUAGAGGAACAUCUUACCACAUCGAGAUGAUCUGCCAGCUGCUGGCCAUCAUGCUGGUUUCCUGUGUUUGCUGGGGGCCUUUACUGAUCUGUGUCAUCUUCCUGAGCUCCAAAGACAAACCCGAGCCAACGUCUGACAGUCUCCUGUUUGCGGUUCGCAUGGCCACGUGGAACCAGAUCCUGGACCCCUGGGUCUACAUACUUCUUAGGAAAGCAGUGCUGAGGAAACUCUACCUGAUGUUACAAAGAUGCUGCAGGUCCAAGGCCCUCCAGGAACCGGUGCAGUGGCAGCACAGCUUCCUUCAAAACUCCGCGUCGAGCAGCUGCAGAUUCGGCCCACGUGAAUGCCGUUGCUUUGAUGGACUGUUUGUGCAAAACACUCGAAUCACUCUGUCUGCUGACUCGAACACUCAAGUGUUCCACGUGGUCAUAUCUGUAUGGAAGAAAUGCUGAAAGAAAAGGGAAAUAUGGUCAAUAUUGUCAAGGAUGUGUAAUUAUAUUUGCAAAAUGAUCUACUCAGUUCUUAAACUAUAUGUCUUAUGUACAGUGUAUUAUAUAACUAAUGUUCAGCCCUUUAACAUAAUCACACCAUUACGAUACGUUUAUUUACCUAAAUGUGCUGUAUAGGUUAUUAUUACUGUGUGAUUUUCACGUUCCCUUGAUAUUUAUGUCGUGUUGUCAAAGUGUUAUCAUUUUGAAUACAAAUUACAGACAAGCAGUGCCUCUCUGCGGAUAAGUUUAGUUUGCUUACGAAAUAUAUAAUCAUUAUUUGUUUUAAUGACACCUUUUCCUAUCCGACUAUAUUAAAGCAACAAUC